ACAGACUUAGAUGAAUGUGCUGGAGAUUUCAGCAAUGAAUGUGAUGGAAACUGUAGCAAUACACAAGGGAGUUACACCUGUGUUUGUGGGUCAGGCUAUAAACUGUCUUCAGAUGGUCAUACUUGUCAAGGUAAAUUGUUUUUAGUCUAUAAACUUGCAAUAGAUAAUUAAGGUAAGUCUGCUUUAAAUUUAACUAGGCUUUUGGGAAGCUAAGGUUUGAAAAUUUUAAGAUUUACUGUCAUCUUAACAUGUUAGGUAAGACUGUUAUAAGUCUAACUUAGCCUUAUAUUAUGCAAGGUAAGAUUAUUAUAAGUUAAGCUAAGUUAAAUAUUUAAAUACAUAUUUUCAAGCUUGUUAUAUAAAGUUAUAUAUUUUGACAUAUUUAAAAAAAUAAUCUUUGGUUCUUAUUUAUUUUCAUAAAUUCCAUUAAAAAACAAAUUCCAUUUUUAGUAAAUUUAGUUUUUCUAAAGUCAAUGAUGAAUCAAUUUUCUAUUUGCAAUUAACUUACUAGACAUUGACGAGUGCCAGCAAGCCACCAGUGGUUGCCAACAAAAAUGCAAUAAUGAAGUUGGAAGUUUUUCAUGCUCGUGU